CUUCAGGAAAGAAAGACCUUUCCAAAAUGUUAUUCUUCUCAGAAUCAGAAGUCUUUUAAUUUUCCAGUCUAAAAUUAUCCAUAGGCAGUUUGUAGCCAUUUGACCCUGCGUCAGUAUCGUUUGAAAAGACCAACUAAAGUACAUGAGAAUGAAAUACGAAGAUGGUAUGGAAGUUACAGUGGUCAGAUGCCUAGAAUGCAAAUGGCAGUGAGACAGCCAAUGCCAGGAGCAGUACCAAAUAUGUCUUAUGCUGGAUACUCUGGAUAUUCUGCAUAUUCUGGUACUUAUUCUGCUGCUGCUGACCCCAUGUGGAUUUACUUCACUGCUGUUGCUGGACAGGAUGGGGAAGUGGAUGCUGAGGAGCUACAGAUGUGUUUAAUGCACUCUGGAAUCAGUGGGACCUAUUCUCCCUUCAGCUUGGAGACUUGCAGAAUUAUGAUCUCUAUGUUGGAUAGAGAUUAUACAGGAAAAAUGGGUUUUAACGAAUUCAAAGAACUCUGGGCAGCUCUUAACGCCUGGAAGCAAAACUUCAUGAUGAUUGACCAAGACAGAAGUGGAACUGUGGAACUUCAUGCGUUGACUCAAGUCAUUGCAGCUAUGGGUUAUAGGUUAAGCCCUCAAACACUAGCUGCAAUUGUGAAACGCUAUAGCAAGAAUGGCCGAAUCUUUUUUGAUGACUAUGUGGCUUGCUGUGUGAAGCUACGGACAUUGACAGACUUUUUCAGGAGAAGAGACAACAUGCAACAGGGAUUUGUGAAUUUUGUAUAUGAUGAUUUCUUGCAGUGUACCAUGGCAAUCUGAGUGUUGAACUGCUGAAGGAGGUGAAGAGCUCUAACCUGUAAAUUCUUCUGCUCAGAAGAAAUUAACUGAACCUGCUGUGAAUAGAAGCUAGUAUAGAUUUUUUCAUGUUUCUGCCUGUUAAAAUAUCCACCUUGUGUAAAUGGUUUGAUUUUUAUUGCACGAUUCAGAGCAAUAAAUAAUUGUAGCAUUGUUGUUAUUUUUUAUAGAAGCAUGGCUUUUUUUAUAUAAGCAUGCAUAUUUCCAGAUGAGUAUACUUCUGUGUCAGGCAGUCAAGCUUAAUGAAGAGUUAACAUACAAACACUUUGCUGCAAGUCACUAGCAUAGACUACUUUUAUAUAAGUUUCGCUUGCAUUUAUGAGUGGAACAGCAGAUGUCCUAAUUUUUAAUCUAAUUGAGGUAUUUCAUGUGUCAGCAUCAUGGUAAUACAAUAAUAUUUCUGAUGGCAUACACUAAAGAAUUCUAAUAUCUUGUAGAAAUUCAGUGGAUUUCACCAGAAAUACAAAUAUUUAACGUAAAACAUGUUUUUCUUUAAAUUUGUUACAAUAGAUUUUUCUAAGAGGCAGACUAUUGCCAUUUCUUUUUGUAAGGAUUUAUUUAUGGAGUAGAAAUUGUUUGAGUACAAAGUUGAGCCCCUCCCUUUUAAUUUCUUUUUAUUCCCUCCUAGAGAAUCUUUGUAGAGUUUAUUUUCCUUUCGACAUGAAAGCUUUCAAGUCUUUAUCUACUUAGUCUUUAAAAUCAUUGACUCAGUAGACCCUCUAGUUGGUGAAGCUAUUCUUGUCCUGAGAUCUUAGAAAUCCCUUAAGAAAAUAACCCAGUGAACAGAAGUGUCCCACUUAGGAUAGCUCAAGUAGGUCCUUAUUUUUCAUGGUAUUUCAGCAGCACUUCUAACAGAAAAAUAUUAAAAUUAGUGGGUAUUGACAGUGAUCAACUGUUCAUCAACUCUUCAUCUCAACAAACCUGUUUUGCUCACUCCAAGCUUUGUAAACUUUAUAAUGUACAACUAUCCCUUAUCAAUCAACUGAGCAGGGAUUAAAUUGGAGGUGAUGUUCAUGUCAUGCUAGAAGGUGGGGGCUUAAUACAAUGUGCUGAAAUAGCUGCAUUCUUAGAAAUAUAUGGGAAAGUUUUUUUCAUGCUAAACAAUACUUUGGGCCAGACCCACAUUGCUUUUAUAGAUGUCUAAAUAGGAUUUAGACAGAAUUUAGGCACCAAUGGGCAUUUUUACACGUUCCUGGAUGCGGUGUCGGGUGCUUUAAUUAGUGAGCCGUGCUAAUUAAAAGCACCCAUGCAUCACAUGUAUCAGUGUCACCACGCAUCUCCGCACUGAAAAAAUGGUGGUGGGGCUCUUUGAACUAAAGCUCCUUGAACGUGUUUUAUUUCAAAGCACCCCACCGCCAUUUUGUCAAUGUGGAGAUGCAUGGGGACACUGAUAUAUGUGAUACGGAAGGUUGCUGGAGUGUGCCAAUUUCUGUGCUCUAACGCACUGGAUUUCCGCGUGUGUACAGGAGCCCACGGAUUCUAAAGAAUGGAUCCAGAUUGUCCCUGUUCCAGCAGCGACAAAGUGCAUUCGUUAUCUAAGAUUAUCUGUCACUUCCAUUUUGGACAGAGAAGUUCCUUGGGUAUUAAUGGUUGGUACUCUGUGCAUACUCAGAAUUGAUCCUGUUUGAUCACCUAGGUACUCUAGUUCCUCCCUGAGCUCCACUGUGAUCCAGAUUGGUGUGGCAGGGGCACGUAAGCUCUGCAUAAGUCCUUGAAGGCUGCCAAGCUGAUUGGCAUCCUUGAAGUAUGCCUAACUCAUACCAGCAAUGUAUCAUUCAAGUAAAAAUGAUAGUAGUGGGGGGCCUACCUUUUGCCUCGCUCAACAGUUCUAGGUCCUCCCUAGUAUAAGGGAGGACCUUAGUAGUUUUCAACCUUUUUAGACUGAAGGCAGUUCUCCAAAACUUUUCAAAAUGUAGCGGCACCCCACUUAAAAAUAUAAAUAUAUUAUGAAAUGAUAAUAUACUCACUCCACUACCACUGCUGCUGCAGCCAGAUGGAAAUGCACCACACACCUACAGAGCCAGAUUGGGAGCAGCUGUAGUGGGAGCAUGUGCUCUUGCUGCAGCCUUUCCUGGUUUAAUCCUGUACAGUGUCUCCCAGAAACAGGCACGUAGGCCAGGUAAAACUGUCCCACUUGUCUCGGUUGUCAGGACCUUCAUGGGAACUGAACUGAAAAGUGGCUGCUGCAGAAAGGUGUGUCUUCUUGCAUUAUGUUAUGCUACAGUUUACACUGGUUCAGCUUCAAUGUGUUCCUGAAAAUGGACAUGUGGGCAGUUUUACCCAGUGGCACCCAGCAUCAUGGCACUCCUGGCACAUUUUCAUGGUACCCUGGUUAAGAACCACUGGAAUAAUAGAAUUCAAACCUACAUCUCCCGCUUCCCAGGAGUGUCCUAACCACUAGGGAUCGGGGAGAGAACGGGGGCAUCUGUACCCCUUCUAUGGAAGACUCAGGCCCACCCUGCAGCUAAGAAUGCAAGAACUGUGGGGCCAAAGAACAAGCAAGCAAAAAGAGAACCUGAUUAUGUCAUGCUUAGGCCACUCAGUUGGAAAGGAGGAGACAUGAUCCCUUCUCUCAGGAUUAUUUUUGUUUUUUUAUCCAAAGACUGUCCAAUAUAAAAUGCAGAUUCAAUCCAAGGAGCAGGGAGCAGAAACCAGGACAACCCUCAUCCAGAGGAGUGCCCUCAAGACUCAGCUACAGAGUAUACACCCCCUUGCAUCUUUUCAUUCUGGCUCCUUCUAUUAGGCUAAAAGUGGGUGGUGCAUCAACACCUCUAGUUGCAUACCUACCCUCAGAAAUAUGGCUAGGCAUUCUGGAUCUUUAGUGAAUGGAGGCACCUAAUGUGCAGCUUAUCUUAUGUGUGGAGAGAGGAGCAGAGAGAGUUCAGUCAUGCUGUUGUGCUUAGUGUUUUCUAUUGGCUAGCCUCCCAAGUCUGCCCAUUUCCUAUAUAGAACACUGAAAUGCUUAACCCUUUCUAUUUGGAUCAUGUUUUAGAGGCACCUAAGGCUCCCCAUUGCUGAUGUAGGGAUCCUAGGCACCUAAAAUUGGUCAAUUUGAAUUGCUUUCCUGAAGCAGGUGCCUAGAUAGAUCCCAAUGCAAAAUGUAGGCACCUGCAUGACCAAACUCUCUGGCCCUUCUAGACUUGUAAUUCUAGUGUGUGUGUGCGUGCGUGCGUGUGUCUUUAUGUACGUGCAUUUUGGCAGUGAGCAGUGUUUUAUGUAAUUUUGUUCUUUUUACACCUACUCCCAUAGUGUCACAAGUAUACUAAACAUAAUUUAAGAAUGAAUAUUUUUUGAUACUGAGAUGAUGUAUUCAACCUUCUUGCAUCCCUGUUAAUUGUGUAACUAACGGAACUAAAUUCUCAAUCAAACUAAAUAUUUGUUUGCAUAUCUUGCUGUUCCUGUCUGAAAUAUAAAUUUAUUUGUCCAAAUUUAGACCUAUCGCAAGUAAGUUUCAUGUCGUUAUAAAAUACUGAAUAAUAUGCUCAUUAGUGUACAAGUGAUUUUAUUUGUACAGUAAACAAUUUUCCAAGUCAUCCUUGAGUUUUUUUUAGAAACAAACAUUCAAAAGCUUGUCAUUAAUUGUUAUAUUAUACAAAACCUGUUAUGUAACAGGAAAUGCUACAAUUCAUAAAUAAUGAAGUAUGUCAUCUAGUGCAAAAGUUUGCCAAGCUUUCUUGUUUAAAUAUCCAACUUUGCAAUUCCAUAUUAAAGUAGCAU